AUGAAGGAUAAUAAAUCACUACUUCAACCUUCAUCAUUGGUGCCACCAAUAAGACCUGAAUUGAUAAAAUCACUUAUUGAUGGAGUUGAUCGAUAUAAUCCUGAUAACGUAUCAAUAUUAGAAGAGUAUCAGUUUAAUCUACAUUUAGUCAACGAGCAAGUUAUUGUUAAUAUAUUGGUUAAAGCCCUUACUGCCAUACCAAAUCCAGAUUUUAACCUAUGUUUAUAUUUAUUACAAGAGAGCUCUUUGUCAGAUGAAAAUAUAAGCAAAUUGUAUGACGCACAAAAAUUAAUAGAAGAAGGAAAAUACCAGGAAUUUUGGAAAAUGUAUGAAACGGAUGAGUCAUUUAAAGAACUUACUAGCGAAGCUGUGGGUUUUGAAGAUGCAAUACGUAAAGUAAUCAUGAAAAUUAUUUCGAUGGCAUAUCAAAAUAUUUCGGCUGAUUUAUUACGAGAAUAUUUAAAUUAUGGAUCAUCUCCAAAUGAUGAUGAAAGUUUUAAAGAAUUUAUAAAAUCACAAGGUUUAGAACUUGCCGAAAAUAAUUUAGUAAAUAUUCCAACGAAUAUUGAUAAUGAAGCAAAACCUACUGUUAUCAGAGAGAAUAUUAAAUUUGAUCGUAAA